AUGUUGACGAAGAAGCCUCCGGCCCUGCAGAGCUUUCUGUCGCUGGUUUCCAGACGUGCCAGUCACCUGGCCCGACAGCGGUACGAUGUCAUUGUUGUGGGUGGGGGCCACGCCGGGACCGAGGCGGCGGCCGCAGCAGCCCGAGUCGGCGCCAAGACCCUCAUGGUCUCCCAGAAAAUACAAACCAUUGGGGCCCUGUCCUGUAACCCGUCUCUGGGCGGAGUGGGGAAGGGCCAGCUGGUGAAGGAGGUCGACGCGCUGGACGGGCUGUGCGGUCGAGCAGGAGACUACGCUGGCAUCCAUUUCUCCAUCCUGAAUCGUAGUAAAGGCCCCGCUGUGUGGGGCCCCAGGGCCCAGCUGGACCGGCAGCGCUACCGGGAAUUUAUUCAGUCCGAGCUGCUGUCCACUCCCGGGCUGACGGUGCUGGAGGGCUCCGUGGAGGAGCUGCUGGUGUCCGACCCGAACCCAGAGGAGUCUGGACAGCACAGAGUCACGGGGAUACGUUUGGCAAAUGAAGUUCACCCGAUCUCAGCCGCCUCCGUGGUUCUCACCACCGGUACUUUCCUGUCUGGCUCCCUCUUCAUGGGCCAAACCGAGUCCCCCGGGGGCCGGAUCGGCGACGCUCCGUCGAGUCCCGGCCUAUCACAGACCCUGAGGGAGACGCUGGGGCUCCGGGUAGGCCGACUGCGGACUGGAACGCCUCCCAGGAUUGUGAAGGAGUCGGUGGACUUUUCCCUGGCGAAAAUCCAUCCCCCCGACAGCCAUCCAACUCCAUUCAGCUUCCUCAACACACGCACGCACUGCAAGUCUGAAGAGCAGCUGCCUUGCUACCUGACCUACACUACUCCUGGUGUGGAGAGAGUAGUGAGGGAGAGUCUUCACCUCAACUGUCACAUACAGCAAGACACCAAGGGCCCCAGAUACUGCCCAUCCAUCGAGUCGCGAGUGCUUCGCUUCCCAGGCCGACAGCACCAGGUGUGGCUGGAGCCCGAGGGCGUGACCUCUGACCUCUUGUACCCUCAGGGCCUGUCUAUGACCAUGCCCCCUGACGUGCAACUCCGUCUUAUCAGAGAAAUUCCCGCCUUGCACAGAGCGGAGAUCCACACGCCUGGCUACGGUGUUCAGUACGACUUUGUGUGCCCCACUCAGCUAAGCCCCGCCCUGCAGGUCAAGAGCACCCAGGGUCUGUUCCUGGCCGGUCAGAUUAACGGAACAACGGGGUACGAGGAGGCCGCUGCACAGGGCCUGUGGGCCGGGGUGAACGCUGCCCGCCUGGCGCUCUCCAUGCCGACGGUGGCCUUGUCUCGGACGGAGAGCUACAUUGGAGUUCUCAUCGACGAUCUGGUGAGUCGCGGCGUUACAGAGCCGUACCGCAUGUUCACCAGCCGGGCGGAGUAUCGAACCUCCCUACGGCCGGACAACGCCGACCUCCGCCUGACUCUGAAAGGCUUCGAGGAGGUGGGCUGCGUCUCCUCCUCGCGCUACCAGGAGGCUGUCCGAGUUCGAGACCGCUUGCAGGACGCGCUGACGGCCCUCCAGGCGCUCGCUCUGUCCACGCGCAACUGGAGAAAACGGCUGCCCGACGUGGGUAUGAGCGAGGCCAAGAACACCAUGCUGACUGGUAUGGAGGUGCUGCAGUACAACGACGUGUCCUUUGAGACGCUGGCGUCGGCCUUCCCAGAGAUCCUUUCCCCUCACGUGGAAUUCUCACAAAGACUCAAGAUAGAAGCUGUGUACAGGCCUCACUGCCACCUACAGAAGAAGGAAAUUGAAAGAAUCCAGAAGGAGGAGAACAUGUCUCUCCCACAGGACAUAGACUAUUUCUCCCUGUCGGUGUCUCUGUCUCAGGAGGUCAGAGAGAUUUUGGACAAAGUUCGACCAACCACUCUGGGUGCCGCUACUCGUUUGCAGGGAAUAACUCCAGCUGCAAUCGUCCAUCUCUUCAACUACGUACGCCACACGGGACAAAAAGGAAAGAGAGCGCUGAGACACAAAAACAACCAAAUGGAGGCAAGAAGAGCCGAGCUGUCGGCGAAGAAUGCAUCAUAACCUCAGCGAUACGACCCGUCCAAUGUCUUGUAAAACUGUAUGUACAAAAGAAUAAAUUACGGAUCUUUUUUUAA